CUCCCCGGCGCGCCCCUUCCCCGGGCUGUAGACGCCCCCCAGGCCCAUCCUUGCAGCGCGCCGCACAGAGCCGGGAACAGCUGGGUCCUCCUAGUCUUCACCUCGCUGUAGCCCGUGAAGUGGGCGCGUCCCUAAGGCCUGGGUGCUCGGGGUGCUUCUUUGCCAACCCGAGCCGCCCCUGAGGACUGCUGAGGCCGCAGGAGUGGUUGGAAGAACAAUGCGUAUGAGUCUUUGACAUCAUGAUGUACAUCCGGCAAAGAAAAGAGACAAAACCCAUAGAAGUUUCUGAGGAUUUUCCAUCACCAAAAGAAGAUGUGAAGUUGGAAAAGAAAUUGCCAUCUGGUUGUGCCUCUGGAAGGUUCUGGAAGAUCCUGUCAUCCGCAGUUGGCGGAACUGUGGCUCUUUGCAUUGGACUUCUUACAUCCGUUUACCUGGCCACCCUGCAUGAGAACGAUUUGUGGUUUUCCAAUAUUAAGGAAGUAGAGCGAGAGAUCUCAUUCAGGACGGAAUGUGGACUGUACUAUUCUUACUACAAGCAGAUGCUGCAGGCUCCGACCCUCCUGCAAGGUUUCCAUGGCUUAAUCUAUGACAAUAAAACUGAAUCCAUGAGGACGAUCAACCUCCUUCAACGGAUGAACAUUUACCAAGAAGUUUUUCUCAGUGUUUUAUAUAGAGUUCUCCCCAUACAGAAAUAUCUAGAACCUGUUUAUUUUUAUAUCUACACUCUGUUCGGGCUCCAAGCAGUCUAUGUCACGGCCCUUUAUAUAACCAGCUGGCUCCUUAGUGGCACCUGGCUGUCGGGACUGUUGGCAGCCCUCUGGUACGUCACCAACAGAAUAGACACCACAAGAGUCGAGUUUACCAUCCCGCUGAGGGAGAACUGGGCUCUGCCUUUUUUUGCAAUUCAGAUUGCAGCAAUUACCUACUUCCUGAGACCAAAUUUACAGCCUCUUUCUGAAAGGCUGACACUUCUUGCCAUUUUCGUAUCAACUUUUCUCUUUAGCCUGACAUGGCAAUUUAACCAGUUCAUGAUGCUGCUGCAGGCACUGGUGCUGUUCAUCCUGGACUCCCUGGACAUGCUGCCGGCCAUGAAGGCCACCUGGCUGUACGGGAUACAGAUAAGCUGCCUGCUCCUCGUCUGCACGCUUCAGUUCUUUAACUCCAUGAUUCUGGGAUCGUUGCUCAUCAGUUUUAACCUUUCAGUAUUAAUUGUAAGAAAACUUCAGAAAAACCUGAAGACUGGAUCCUUCCUGACUAGAAUUUGGAAACUACUGUUGCAUUUGCUUCUAGUUUUCUGUUUGACACUUUUUCUCAACAACAUUAUUAAGAAAGUUCUUAACCUGAAGUCAGAUGAACACAUCUUUAAAUUUCUGAAGGCCAAAUUUGGGUUUGGAGCAACAAGGGAUUUCGAUGCAAAUCUCUAUCUGUGUGAGGAGGCCUUCGGCCUCCUGCCUCUCAACACGUUCCAGAGGCUCUCGGAGACACUGCUUUUUUACGCAUACAUGUUUGUCCUCGUGGUCACAGUGGUUACAGCAUCCGUUGUAGCCUUUCAUAAUCUCAGUGAUUCCACAAGUCUGAAGUCCAUGGAUCAGACAAGAAAGCGUGCUGUUGACCUGAAGCCAGAAGCUGCGUACAACCUGAUCCAUACCAUUCUGUUCGGGGUCUUGGCGUUGAGUACGAUGAGGAUGAAGUACCUGUGGACCUCCCACAUGUGUGUGUUCGCGUCCUUCGGCCUGUGCAGCUCUGAAGUCUGGGAACUGCUACUGAGGCUGGUUCAUCUCUGUAACCCAAAGCGGAUCUGGGUCCUGCGCUACCUGGUGCCCGUUCUCACCCUGCUGUACCUGUGCUAUAAGUCCUGGCCAGGAGUGAUGGAUGAACUCUCGGAGCUGAAAGAAUUCUACGACCCGGAUACAGUGGAGCUGAUGACCUGGAUUAACUCUAACACACCAAGGAAGGCUGUGUUCGCUGGAAGCAUGCAGUUGCUGGCUGGAGUCAAGCUGUGCACAGGACGGACCCUAACCAACCACCCACACUAUGAAGAUAAAAGUCUGAGAGAGCGGACCCAGGCGGUUUAUCAGAUCUAUGCGAAGAGGUCGCCAGAGGAAGUGCACGCACUGCUGAGGUCCUUUGGCACUGACUUCGUGAUCCUGGAGGACAGCAUCUGCUACGAACGCAGGCACCACAGGGGCUGCCGGCUGCGCGACUUGCUGGAUGUGGCCAACGGACAUGAAAUGGAUGGGCCAGGAGAGAGUGACCCUGACUUGAGACCUGCAGACCACCCUCGCUUCUGUGAAGAGAUUAAAAGGAACCUGCCCUCCUAUGCAGCCCACUUCACUAGAGUAUUCCAGAACAAGACAUUCCAUGUCUACAAGCUGUCCAGAAACAAAUAACCACAGCUGUUCUUAAAACUGCAGUGCAUCUACAGCUGGUGGAGUUCGCGUCAGGAGUGGGACUUGAAUACUGGGGUGGCAGACGGCCUGCAGGCAUGUCCCGCCAUCAUCGGAAAUGCCUCCUGCUAACGUUAGCCUUUUCUGUCCUGUCUCUGUCUUUUCUGUGAGUGUUCUUAGCCUCACAGGUGUGCCUGCCCAAGGCUGGCUAGGAACUUUGUCAUUGAGGGAAUUAUGUGUGACCCACUGGGUGGCCUGGGAAGUGAGAGCCUCUUUGAGAUCUGAAAUACUUGUGAUUUUCAGUGACCCUGAGCCAGCUGUGAGUGAGUGUAGUUGACAGGCCGCACAGUUCAGUCACUGACAUUUCUUCACCGAGACCGCUUGGUGGCUUUUUAACAGUUUAUUGUCCUGUCUUGUUAAAAUUUUAUAACAUUUCCAGUUUACCAUGCUUUCACAUGUGUGAAGAAACAAAUUAUUUUAGGUCUUUGAACCUUAAAUAUUCCAUUCAUGCUCUAAGAUGUCACACACAUUUAGAGUGUGUGUUUGUUUUGAUUCUGGGCACAGCAGUCAGGGUGCUACUGGGCCGGCAUGGUGACACACUCUUUUAAUCCCAGCACUUGAAGGCAGGGGCAGGUGAAUCUCUGCGAGGUCGAGGCCAGCCUGGUCUAUAUAGUGAGUUCUGGGCCAGCCAGGGCUAUGUAAAGAGACCCUGUCUCAAGAAAGCAAAGUGUGUCAGGGCUUAUAAUAGAAGUCUUUGAGGGGAAUCCCUUCAUGCUUUUUAAUCUCUCCUGCAAGUAAAAUAGUUUUGCUUCACUUCUUACUCAUUUCAAUUAACUGGGUUUGCAAAACUUGGUAAACUUUUUGUGUUUUUAACCUUUAUAUUUUUUCAGAGCCUAGAAACUUGCAAAGUCUGAGGCUGUUUUAGAUGCUGUUCCAUGACUCCUAGAGUUCUAUGUGGCAUUUCAUGCUCUUUGACUUCUGGCCUCCAGUCUUCCUUCUCAGCCCUGGAGACAUCGUGUCCCUCCCUACAAGGUGACCAAGUGCCACCACGCAGCAGAGAGAGGUGGUGUACCUGCUCGGAGUUUUUGAUAAUUGCUUUUAUAAUUCAUUUCUAAUGGUGGGGGCAUGUAAAAGCUGCUGAUACAGGCACAUUGUCCACUUAAUUAAAUCAAGAGAGCUAAUGAAAUUAACUUUUCCCUCCCGCUCUUGCCAUUUGGAAGUGAUUUAAAUGUUUUCUCCCCGCGCGUUAGUGUAAUAAAUCCCCACGAGCACACCGGCCGGAGAGCCCCGCCGGGCCGCGCCGCAGUGUGGUUGCUGCUUAAGUAGCAUCCAAAACUGUGUUCCAGUGUCUCAUCGGGUGUGGGGGUUUUAUGUAAAACUCACUCAAAUAAGACAUCGACAGCUAGGUUAUUAAAUUAAGCCCUUAGAACUUUGGAAUCCUGCCUCCUCUGGACCCCUAAAUAGGGUGGGAGACCACUGCAGUUUGGGCUAACAACACAAGGAAACAUGUUCACCAGUGCUAAAGGCUUAAUGAGGCUGUAGUGCCUGCUGCGGCUGCCCGCACUGGUGGAGCGUUCUGGGCCAGUGCCUUACCCUUAAGGGAAAGCAAGCACAGGGAUGGCACAGAGCACUGGGGCCCGGUGAUGGUUACUUUGUGGGUGAGUUUGCAUUUAUGUUAAACAUUCCUGCGUGCAUUCAUCUAAUCACUUGGUGUUUGGUGUCUUGUGAUCCAAGAGCCGUGGACUUAAACUUGGAUGCACAUCCUUACUGUGGUAACAUCCAUGCUAGUUAGUGCUCCGUCUCCACCGCACCAUUGCUGCCAAACCACGAUGAGAAGUGCCAAAAACCAGUCUUCCCCACAGGCGCUCUCCCCGAGACACUGUGAUAUGUACAGGACAUUGUUAGAGCAAAUUUUUUUCUUUAAAAAUAAAUUAUAUAUUUAAAAAAUUAUUUAAAUAGUUGAUUAAAAUAAUUAGACUCUAUCCAUCUUAUAAAAUACUGCUUCAGUAUUCCCCAUAGCUCUGCUUACUGUCUGCAGCAACCUGGCCACAAAGUCUUGAAACUACUCCUCUAGACCCUGCCUAACUUUACAUAAAUCCUCAGUCUGCCUCCCUGUAGAAGGUAGCGUAUCCCAGACUUUCUCUGCUGCAACAUUAACCUGUGCAUAAACAGCUGCAUCAAACUGUAACUGCUGAGCAGUCUCCUGACCCCGCCCCUCUCCUGCUAGCAUCUGAAACCUAUCGGCUGUGCUUGAUUGAUCUCAGCAGUGUUUUGACACUGCUCAGCAAAUUCUGAUUUCCAUAAUAAAAAAUCUACUCCGGCAAACAAGCACACCCUUGCCAGUUGUUACCAAUCCCCAGGAGGGAGGGCCUCGGUGGACCAUUUACGCGUAGCCUGCGUAAAUGGGACUGUGCCCAUACUGUGCACAAGCAGUUUUUAAUUCCUUUAACUGUUUAAACGGAAGAGGCUGAUAAACUCUGACUCCAUUACCUUGUUCUAUAACUGAUAAUAUAGACUGAAAUCUCUGGACAUCAGCUCUUCUUCUGGUAGCCUCUUUCAGGGUCAGAUGGCUUUCUCACCAGUGCUGCAACUCCACCUCAGAAGGAGGGUCCAGUCCAGCUUCGACACAUGGGGUUUUACUGGCUCUCAGCUUAGGAAUCCACUCUGAUGGUCCCAAGAUUUCCCCUUGAGCUUGGCAAGCCUGUAAUUUCUGCACUUGCACAGACAGCAAAGUAAAAGCAUUUUGCAGCUGUUGGAUUUUCUCUGUAACUAACUUGUCCUUGAAAGGAAUCUUGAGUUCUUCAGAGGCAAUAAGUGGCAAAGAAUUCUCCUCCCUAUGAUAUUUAGCCGCUUCCUCUUCCAGCUGCUCAGUCGUUAUCAUCGUCUCCUCCUCCGGGCAUGGUGGCUCAGACACUGCUUCAGUAUUCAGAGGCCAGACUGCAAGAGCAGGCACCUUGGCUUUGCCAGAGCAUCCUGGAUGGGUGCUGCUUCCCUGUAACCCAUUUUUGAUCCCAGCGGCGGUGCCUCCUCAAUGCCUGCCCCAAAUGUUCUGGGUUCCCAAAUGAAAGACAGGCACAGCCUUUAUGUUUUGGUAAUGCCUAAAACAGAUCAAUGACUAGGCCACUUCCUAAGCUCCACAUGGCUCAUCCACCUCCCUCUGAUAUUCCCAAGUUAUUUCUUACUAAAUCCUAUAUUCCAUCUUUGCUGCUGUAAGGCAACCCUCAUAGGGCCGCUCUCCCCGAUGGCCGCUAUGCUCUCUGCCCUGCACCCUCUCAGGCACGGCAGCUUCCCUCCCCCACCUCUCCUGCCAUUGCGGAUCUCCUUCCUUUCCCUCAGUCCCUCACCCGGGAAUCCUAAAGGUCCCGCCUCUGUCUAUCCUGCCCAGCCAUUGGCUGCCGGAAACUUUAUUUACCAAUCAGAACCAAAUGAGGGCAUGGUCCCUUAGUGUCUUACACGUGGAUUCUAGUACAAACCCAAAAUAACCUGAUACACGGAGCCACAGCUAGAUUUACUGUACCUUCCUCAGGAAACCAAGGACAACCCCCCCCCCACAAAAGCUAAGAAGUCAGGUGGUUGCCGUUGCCCUUCUUUAGCCCCACGAGUGUGGAGCAGUUUCUUAAGCAUUUGUAUAGAAAGCAUAGGGCCGUUUCCAUUUCCCAUUUUUGUUUCUUUUUUCUUGUGUUUUCACUUUUUUCGAGUUCCUUUACUUUUCCUGAGCGCCCUUAUCUACUCCAUCCUGUCUUUGCUCCUGAGAGAGUCUCACCGCACAUUCGCCUUUUCUGAGCACUUGCUUUUUCUGGGGUGUCCACCACUUGAUCCCCAAACUCUCAGAGCGUCCCUGUUUGAGCGCCACCUGCCGGUGGGAAGUGGAACAGUCCUCUGAGGAGGGAGUGAGGAUGAUCCUGGGAAAGCCGGAAAGAAGACUCAGAGACAGGAGUUAGAAUUGGGAAGGCUGCAGAUCACUACCACGUCAGACUUGAGUUUACGGUUCUUGGUCUUUUUAUGCUUUACAGCGCGGUGGGAAACAAGGUCAUAUGCUAGGUUUGUUCCCAUCAGGAAGCCUCCCUGCUCCUUUCUAUAAAUUUAACAGAACGUUCAGCCCCUCUUCCCAGGCCAGGAAACCUGCCAGCAGACGCCGACCUGCCCUGACUCUGCCUGGCAGGCCGACUUUCCCAGAAGCAGACAAAUGGCUCCCGACGCUCUCGGGAACCAGAUCUUUCAGCAAAUAACAUUUGAUCGUUUUAGCUGUGGUGAGGAGUCUAGCUUAUGACCUUGUCUUUGAACACACAGGAGGAAAACAGAUCCACCCUUGGCCACAGCCCCCACACUGUGCAAGCAGGAGCCAGUGCCUGUAGCCCUCACUUUCUGCAGUGCGGGCCCUGGGGACUGUUGGUAAUAGUGUUCAGCUGUGACUCUGGAUAGAACAAGCUCGAGGCUCUGCUUCUGAGUUCCCAGAAGAACCUCCAAGUACAACAGAAGUGCUCUUAAUUAACUCCACUUCUGAGUCCACGGAGCCUCGAGUCUCCAGCCCUCUUGGGAGCCGCCUGCUGCAGUCCCGCAGGUGGCCGGCCACUGCCUUGUGUUUCCACUCCUGAUACCGAGCUCCAGUCAGUGGUAGCCCACCUCAGAUGUCUGGGUGCACCUUCUGCUGCUGAUUGUGAGUUUAGAGCCCCAACCACAAAAGGGCCAAGGGUGUGGCUUGAGAGUAUAAUGUUUGCCUGGUGUUCCUAGCACUUCAGCAGACAGACAGAAAAAGAGAUAAUUAUGCAGAAAUUGAAAUCAAAUGCUUUACAAGGUGGGUUGCUCAUCAAAAUUGCUUUUAAAUUUAACUUGAUCAUGUCUGCAGAGAUGGUUCAGUGUGUAUAUCACUUGUAUAGCUUGGGUCUCAGCACCCACGUCUGUCAGCUCACAACUGCCUAUAGCUCUGGCUCCAAGGGACCCACCCAAUGCCUUCGUCGUAUACAGACAAAUAAUGAAAAAUAAAAGGAAGUCCUUUACUUUUAAAUAAAAAUUUGAUCAGAAAAAUUAUUAGGUACUGGAGGGAUUAAAAUGAAGAUGAGUGAGCUUAAAUUCCUUCAUACAAGUAUCUAUGUGCCCAUCCCACCUCUAACAUCUAAGCUGGAAGCUGGGCAGGUGGCUCAGAGAGGUAGAGAGCUGGUCUGUUAUCAGGUAGGGGCAUUGCCUGUUUGUGGCAUCUGUUGGGGAAAACCUUACAAAGAGCAUUUAUAAUUUGUUGUACUGAAUUAGGUGGAGAUUAUAUACUAGAUAAAGCUCUUUUCAAUAA